AUGAUUACAAAAAAAAAUAGUUUCCACUUCAGUAUAUAUACAAAAGAAUUAAAUUCAAUAGUUACUACAAUUGAUCACUGUGAAAUAAAAAAGGCUCGUAGAAUGUUUAUAAAUUCAACUGUUACUUUGUUAACUAUUUUUUUAGUUUUUAAUGUUAUUGUUGAGAUUUCGUGCCGAGAAGCUUUAAAUCCUGAUGAAGAUAUCGGUUUCCCACCGAUAACAGAUAUGAGUGAGUCUCUUCGGGAAAAAUUGAUUGAGAGUCAUACUCAAGUUCCUUGUAUUAUUGAAUAUCAAAUUACAAAACGAAAAAUAGGAGAAUGUGGAAAAUUAACUGGAAGUAUCCGCGGAUGUGUUUCUGAUUCAUUAGUCAACCCAUUUCACCCCGACUGUUUAUCAAGUGUGACAUGGUGA